UCUGUCCUCUGAUAGAGCGGCAUUACUAUUCAUUCUCAUUUUGCCUGCAGCUGUCUACCGUUCUUCUUCAGCAUUGAAAAGAUAAGCAGUACUGAAAAACAACAAUGCCAGUUAGGGGUUUAGAAGGUGAGCCUCAUUAGAAACUUGUGUAAUUUGUACUAGAGAUAUUCUCUAUUGCGCGAGCUGGCUACUAUGCUGUCGAGCGCUUAGCUUAUUUAAGAGAAAACGGAUUGAUAAGGACGGAACCAAUUGCCUCUUUGGCAGGUAUGCGAGUAGGCGUAGAUGCAACACAUUGGUUAAAGACUCGGAUUAAAAUCAAAGAGGUGUUCCAAGUGGCGACUGGAGGAGCACCGCUCGGUCUUCGGGCAGCAGUCGAUGCAGACGUGGCGUUAUUCAAGAGGAAUAAGAUAUCUCCUUUGUGGGUGUUCAAUGGGCUGCUGGUCCCGAAAUUUCAAUUGACGCCCAAUGUGGACAUGCGGAUGAAUAUGAGAAUGGAAGCCUGGAACAGCUAUUUAUCAGGUCAUCCGGCGGCAUCGAAGAGUAAAUUUGAGGCUAGUUUAUCUGACAAAUCGUUGGCACUGAGCUUUUCUGGCUUGGUAUUUUGGCACUUGUUGAAUAGCAACGAGGAGAUAUUUAGGGCUCCAAUGCUACCAUGGCCCCAGCUGACAUAUUUUUUAGAGCCGUCUCAGAGGCAGCAUCCUGGGCACGCACCAUUGAUUAACGCGGUUUAUGGGCCGACGGAGGUGUUGGCGACGGGAGCAUCGAGUUUGAUAUUGUCGUUUCGAUGGGAGGAGGGGGUGUUCGAGUGGACAGAGUUGACUAGCGUGUUGAGGCACUCAGGAUUGUCGUAUUCUCAAUUUCAGGACGCAUGCAUAUUGGCAGGAUUUGAUGCAUGUCCCAGCACGAUUAUAAAGAACGCGAACAUUUUAGGGUUCGAAGCAUAUGUGAAAUACGUGAAGCAGGCGGAGCAGAGGUACAGGGAACAGAUGGAAGAGUCUGCACCGAAGGGAGCUAUGGACUUAGGACAGGGUGGAAAUCCGUUACUAAUGGAGAUGCCAAUGAUGGAAGGUCAGCAGGGGCCGGACCAACAAUACCAAGUUGGGGCGGUUCAUGCGGCAAGUGGCGGUUAUUGCCAGCCCGCAAAUGGAGAGCCUGAAAUGAUAGACGAAGGCUCAAAUGGCACAUUGGCGCAAUCUGAGGUUGGGGCAGUUACAGGGUCUACACACCAACAAGUGUCAGAUAGAAAUGUCAAUAGUGAACAGAAGGAGUCACCUGCUUCUCCGGCCUCGAUCAACCCGAUGUUAUUUCCUGUAACUCACCCAGAACUGUAUUUGUCGGUGUUGCAUGACGCCAAUCGAAUGAUGAUGUUUAGGCGAGCUAAAAUCUUGAUAAAUCAUCACCUGGUACUCUCUCAGUCUGGGACAUGCGCACCCGAGAACAGAGCUCUGAUCUCUGUUUUGGACCCCGACGUAGACAUGGACCAGAUUCUUGGUAAGCCCAUCCCCAACGAGGCCUAUUGGCUUUUAUCUAGGGGAUGCAUAGGCGCUCAGGUGAUGAAUAACUUACUGUCAGGCGUCAUGUUAGAGGCACCACCGUUGAUUUCCUCUCCAGCAUAUGAAGCUUACUUGGAAGAUCUGCUCGAGCUGCGCGAGCGCACAUUGGCGUUGGUUUCCGCAGCAAUAGGCGGGUCUUACAUGACCCUUGACGUAGUCAUGGUGCGCUGGUUUGCGGAGAACAAAGUUCUCCGACAUGUUAGCUGUAGUAAUUACGUUAAUCAGCUCAGGGAUCCGAUCGCUGCUCAGGAAAUCGAAUCAAAUCGGCGCCAUUUGAUUCAACAGGCAAGAAAGAGGCUCAGACAGACAAAGGCCUCAAGUGACGAAAAUAGCAACCGCGAACUCUCGAACGGGUUGACUUCUUCAAGCGAUCAACAGCAGCUUGCAAACUCGAAAGGUCCUCUGACUGACACUGAAUCCUUAGCCGAUGAAAAUCACGAACGUUUUUCCUAUCCCUCAGCUAAGCAUAUCGAAUCCAUGCUGGACGGACUAAUUCGAUACCUGAUGCUCAUUCCCUCGUUCCAAUUGGCCGUGGAAGGGAAAAGUGCUGACGAGUUCAAGUGCACCUCUUCUUCAGAAGAUGCCUCCAAAGAGUCUGGUCAGACUGACGAAGAUCUCACUAGGAAGGAAAAUAAGGAAGCCAAGCUGCCCGGAUCAAUCUCCAACGUAGAAACAGAAGGAAAAAGUGAGCAGCAUCCUCUCAAUGACGAUAUACCUGAUUCAGAUUACUAUAAUUAUUAUCGAAGAUUCAAUCCAUCAUCGAAUGUUCACUCUUAUUUCUCAGAACUCUGUCUGACAUUCGUUCUCCAGCUGAUUUUCAAUAAAGGAAUGCAGAGACGAACUCUUGGCGUUUCCGCUGAUUCAAAUUCAUCGAAGGAUUGUUCUGUCAACACUUCUGAAAAUCAGCCCAAAAAAUCGCCUGAAGACCAGCCUGAGCAACAACUAUACUCGGCGGAUAGACCAUCCAAACCCUCAAAUUCCUCGGAAUCUGGAACUCAUCGAUCUCCUCAGACCUCUAUCUCGAACAAAUCGAACUCCUUGGAUUAUUCCUCUACCGAAUCUUCUGUUUCUGCGCCCUCAUCCUCAGCCCCUUCUCAGAACUUCGUCUCUGCCAAUGAACUCUACUACAACGUGGUCGCCCGCGCCUUGGAGCUCUCCGGGUACGUCUCACCUCACUAUUCCAGCCUGACCUACUGGGGCUAUGCUCUUCAUCUGAUCGAUCCUAUCUACAUCGAAUCAGGAUUCGUCGUCCUGGAACUCCUCAAGUCUAAGCGACUCAAUUCCGCCCAACUUAUUCCAAAUCCCCUCGAUGAAGACCUGGAACCAGAACUUAUCCUCAGCACUCGUAUCUUCAGCCUCUUGCACAUGCAACUUUGCCAACAAGGCUGGUCCGGACCCAUAGACCAAGAUCUGCUCGCCUUCAACUCUCUCAUCAGAGCCUGCUUCCGAACCCUCCGAAAUUUAUUCGAAAUGGUCUCUCUCAAUUUUGUACUCAACCGAUGUAUCCAAGCCAGAGCUGCAGACUAUCAGCUCGUAUCCAGACAACUUCUUUGGGUCCAAGAAGCUAGUACUGCCCUCGGUAUGGUCUUCAAAGCCCUUGUUAUCGAAGGUCCUAUUGGCUUAGGAAAACGCUUCUCUUCUUGCCUCGACCUAAAACGCGACCUCUACCGUGGCGUCGCCUUCUGGAAAUCCGUCUACCUCGCUAUCUCCUACCUGAGCGAAGUAAACCAAAUUGAUCUCUCUACCAAAAAAGAAUUCGACCGCGCGAACGUCUUUGUUCUACAACAGGAAAGAAUCAUCCCUUCUAUCACUGCCUGAUCUCCUCUCCGUCAUGAUGUAAAAUAGCCUCUCAUUUUUUAAAAAAGUCUCAAAUUGUCUUCGUUUUCAAAGGCUACGACGAGUGUGCCAUCAAUAAAAAAAGCUUUGGCGUUCUAAGCUCUUACAGGCUGGUCUGCC